AUGAACGGAUACUCGGGUACGUUGGCCCCGCCAGGGGGGCUGUACGUACGCGCCCUGUACGACUACGACGCCGACGACCGCACCAGCUUGAGCUUCCACCAGGGGGAUAUAAUACAGGUCAUCACGCAGCUCGAGAGCGGCUGGUGGGACGGCGUCAUCAACGGUGUCCGCGGCUGGUUCCCCAGCAAUUACUGCGCCGUGGUCGCACAGCCCAAGGACGAGACCCGCGAUGCUGAGAGCAGCGCCGACGAAGGGGACGUCGGCACUUUGGACGGUUCGCAGGACUUGGGCAGCUACUCGGAGGCUUCAGAUACCGACGACGAUGGAGGAAAUACCCAGCUGCCCAUGGAGGGCACCGAGACGGAUAAGGAGGAGGAGGCUGCAUUCUGGAUCCCCCAGGCCACGCCCGACGGGAGGCUGUUCUACUUCAACACACUCACUGGCGUGAGCACCAUGGAACUCCCACUUGAGACGCCGUCGUCUUUGUCGGAAAACGGACCGAGAGACCGCACCAACGUGAACAUGCCCGAGAGCAGUCGGCCACCUCCUGAGCUCAUGGCGGGAGGAUGGCAUAUGUACAAUGGCGACACCGACGACGAAAACUCCGCGUCAGACGUCGAGGGACCCUCUGGCAUGGCUGGAUCUCACAGUUCACUACAGCGCCGACGGUCCUUGGCUUCCAACGGGAUUUCUCCUGCCACAUCCAUGGACUCCAUGAGCAAUGCCUCUGGACUAACACGUUCUCGAUCCGACCUUCACGAACACGCCAACGAGACGGGCUUCUCAGGACUCGGUCCGCCGUUGGGCUCUACCAUGUCUUCCUAUGCGAAUAACUCAAUUGGAGCGCCUCUCACAUCCGCCGUUUCCAAGCAGUUCUUCGACGACGCACAAGCUGUUCCUCUGACAUGGAAUCGUAUGGUCGAGGACAUGCGCAGGUCUGUAGAGCGGUAUCGGCAAGCAAUCAACAACGGUGAUCGCUCAGAGUUUGUGAAGAGAGCGGAGGACAUUUCGGACCAUCUGCGAUUGCUGCUCGCCGCAGGAUCGGGAACCACUGAUAACCACUCUGGAAACCCUUCAAUUAUCUCCACCAACAAGGCUCUCUAUCCUCACUUCCGGGAAACAAUGUCCAGGUUCUCCAAGCUCGUGCUCUCCUCGCACAUUGCAGGAGCAGACUGGCCUCCAGCGGACUCAUACUCCAAGUGCUUGAAAGAGGCAGACGGCGUCCUGAACGGGGUCUACGGUUUUGUCGAAGUAGCUCGCCAGCAGCGCGGUGAAGACAUCCCACGCUUGAUCCCGGGUUUCGUCGUGAAUAGCUACAACGGAGGCAACUGGCAAAACAAUGGUCUCAGCACCCAUGACCCAAUGAACCCCAUGUCUUUCAUAGACCAGGACGAUUUCGAGGAGCCGAGCGCCCGGUUGGACGAUAAACUUGUUGAGAGACUAGAUGAUCUCAAGAGGCUCAUUGUCGCAAGUAUCAGAAAGCUGGAUGAGCGCUUGGUCGUAGAAGAAAAGGUGAUCACUGAAGCCGUUCACCAAAAAACCGGUGAGCGCGUAUGCAAAGCCGCUUCCAAGGUUCUGGAAAUUUACCGUCCCUGGAUCGCUACGGUCGAAUCCAUCAAUCUGGCACCCAUUGGUUCGACAUUCCAAAACCCCCAAAUCGCAGACUUCAGCGUGGCAAAGCAAAAGGUUUAUGACAUGAUCUCGGAGCUCAUCCUCACUUGCCAAGCUGUUGCUGCACCCCUAGGAGAUGAAUGGGCAGACAACCGUGGAGACUCGUUGGAGGAGCGCUUGAAAAACGUCCGUAUCGUUUCGCGGGACCUUGAGUCGAACACUUCCAAGCUGUACUUUGCUCUUCAGCUGCUCUCCGACCUCAUGCCCAUGGAAGACAGCCCAUCCUCCAUCAGUAGCAAGCGCCACACUGACAUGGAUCUGUACAACACCUAUCAGCGAAAGCCUUCGACCCAGUUCAGCAGGUCCCCACUUGGAGAUGACCCUCUGGAGAUGCACAGCGGAGGAAACAACUCCAAGCUCAAGAAGUUCUUUGGAGAAGUGCCCGCACCUGUUUUGCCGCAGGCGGUUCCAGAGGAGAUCCCCGAGUUCCUUCAAUUGGACCACGAAGGCGAGAUUUCGUACGAUCUCAAGAGCACUCCAGCGCAGCUCAAGGGUGGCACACUCGCCGGCCUUGUCGAGCAACUCACUCGUCACGACAGGCUCGAUUCACCUUUCAACAACACAUUCCUCCUCACCUACCGCUCUUUUACCACUGCUAGCGAGCUGUUUGAUAUGUUGGUCAAGCGCUGGAGCAUCCAACCGCCCGCUGGUCUGUCCAGGGAGGAUUAUCAGCUUUGGGUGGACAAGAAGCAGAAGCCCAUCCGCUUCCGUGUCGUCAACAUUCUCAAGAGUUGGUUCGACAACUACUGGAUGGAGGGCAACGACGAGGAAGCGCAAGCACUCAUUCAGCGGGUGUACGCCUUCGCGAAGGACCAUGUUGCGACCACAAGCACUCCUGGAGCAGCUCCUCUGAUGACUGCCGUCGAACAGCGUGCCAGAGGCCAGGAUGCUCCAACCAAGCGUCUCGUCCUCACCCUAAACACCUCCACCCCUCAACCAAUCUUGCCGAAGCACAUGAAGAAACUCAAGUUCCUCGACAUCGACGCCACCGAAUUUGCUCGACAACUCACCAUCAUCGAGUCAAGGCUGUACGGCAAGAUCAAGCCAACCGAAUGUUUGAACAAGACUUGGCAAAAGAAGCUGGCGCCAGGCGAAGCAGAUCCGGCCUCGAAUGUCAAGGCUCUGAUUCUGCACUCCAACCAACUCACAAAUUGGGUUGCCCAAAUGAUUCUCACCCAAUCAGACGUCAAGCGACGCGUGGUGGUCAUCAAGCAUUUCGUCUCUGUGGCUGAUAAAUGCCGCUUGUUGAAUAAUUUCUCGACGCUUACGUCGAUCAUCUCUGCGCUCGGUACGGCACCGAUCCACCGUCUCAACAGGACGUGGGGUUCGGUCAAUGCCAGGACCAUGACCACUCUCGAAAACAUGCGCAGGCUCAUGGGAAGCACAAAGAACUUCGCCGAGUACAGAGAUACUUUGCACAAAGCCAACCCGCCUUGUAUUCCCUUCUUCGGUGUGUAUCUCACCGAUUUGACUUUCAUCGAAGACGGUAUUCCGUCUCUUAUCAAGAAGACCAACCUCAUCAACUUUGCCAAGCGCGCGAAGACGGCAGAGGUGAUCCGGGACAUCCAGCAGUACCAGAACGUGCCAUACCCGCUGCAGCCGGUGCCGGAGCUGCAAGAUUACAUCUUGACCAACAUGCAGUCAGCGGGUGACGUGCACGAGAUGUACGACAUGAGUUUGGCUGUCGAACCCCGUGAGCGUGAGGAUGAGAAGAUCGCAAGACUUCUAUCUGAGUCCGGAUUCCUAUGA